AUGCUGUUGCACUUGGAUGAGAGGGAUAAGAAUGUUUGUGUCGCUGCAAAGGGUGCGGUGCGUGAGUGUUUCACAUUUAUUGCCCAUCUUCAGGACGACGCAGAGUUGAAGAUAAAGCAGAUUUCGUCCAAACCGCACAUGCACAUUGCACAUGAGACAGAGGUUGGUGAGCUCUACGAUGACGUGGCCUCCGUGUGGGUUUUACAUUUUCCCGGUAUGAUGAGGGAAUACAUGUUGCAGACUGUGUCAUUCACACGGUCACCCACUGAGCUGCUCCGUAGAAACGCUGCGUGGAUUCUGGGGGCAUUUGUGAGUCGCAUUGCCCCGGGGGAGUUGUCUCGAUGUGGUGUGGAGCAGGUCUCAGCCUCUCUCGUUGAGCUCGUUGGCGCCGCAGAGAAGUCUGAGACUGUACGAGUGGCAGCUGCGCAUGGAAUUGGUUUGUUUAGUGGCAUUUAG